CUUGGCAGACGCAGUGACAGCAUCGUCAGCCUGGCCAUCUUUUCCACACCGAGUCCUCCAUCAUUGAUACCACCACCACCGUAGCAUACGAUACCCACGGCCUCAAGUACCACGGACACCGCCAUAGACUCGCGAGUCACAUCAAAAAUACCCACUGCUACCCCUCCAGCAAUUAGCCCCUAUCCCCCUCUCAGGCCUCCCCUUCUCAACACAUCUACUGCCGCGCCCACCUCCCAUAUCGAUCACGGACCGAACAAUCUGGAUACCCUUUGACCCUUGAAACUACCAUCCCGUUAGCAAGACCGACGCGACACAACAGUCCUUCGCUGCCGACAUCCGAGCUGAAGCCUUUGCCGAGGCUUUCCUUAUUCCUAUAGCAUCCCAUAACCCAUUGGCACAACUUUCUUCAGAUCCUCGCUCUUGCUUCACCAACAGUAAAAGAUGCUACUAGCAUUAUCUCCAUCGCAACAUCGCGAUGGGCGGCGGAAACGAGGGAGGGCCAGGCUGGGCACCUGGGGUACAGCAUUGCUUGUGGGCGGCUUCGCCAUCGCCGCUUGCCAGACAGCGCAGGCUCAGACCACGACAGCAGUAGCAAGAUGGGGCCAAGCAUCUGCACUGCUCUCGUCCCUCUUCGUCGUCUACGGAGGACAGACAGCGGACACUUCUGGGACUGCCUCUUCGUACACUUCAGGCACUUUGUCAGCAGAUCUUCUGCUGCUCGAUCUAAACUCGUCCUUCUCUGUCGGCAUUGGUAGCCCUGCUCCGUGGCAGACCGUUGCAUUAGGUGAUACGUCCGCACUAGUCAAUGCAGAGGGGUCUCGUACCACUGCACCGACAGUUGCAUUUGGUUCGCUCGCUCCUCUAACACACCGACAAGUGCUCCUCUUUGGCGGCAGUGCCUCUGCUGCUGCCGUUCAGACUGGCACUGACUCGACAUAUACCUUCCAGCUCAUCGAAGCGGAUGAUGCUACCUAUUCUGCUACCUGGGAGCUGGCACCUGCUGCAUGGUCCCAGCCAACACGGCGGAUAUACCAGAGUAUGGAGAGCGAUGGUCGUGGUGGAGUAUGGAUCAUGGGUGGACAAAGGGAAGACAGCUCCAGCGCAGCCUUGGAUGAGGCUUGGACUUUCAACCACUCGUCCAGCUCUCCCCUUUUCAACUCCCUUGCCGCUCCUACAGGAAGCCUUGUGGGAGCAACUGCAACGCUGCUGAGCGAUGAUACAAUCCUCUUCCUCGGAGGCGAGGACUCCACCGGUGCUCUGCAGGCGUUCGACUCAGUUGUCACAUAUGAUACCACAUCAAACAGCUGGUCUUCCCUACGGACUCGCGGCGUCAACGGCUCCUCAUCCGCCGUCCCCGUCCCGCGCCGAGGUCACGUUGCCGUAUCACUCCCCAACCAAAGAAUCUUCCUUCACGGAGGUUCGUCCACCGCUGAUCUGACGACGCCGCUCGAUGACGCAUGGAUCCUCGAUUGGAGCGUGAGCACACCUCGUUGGACUCAGAUCCCCUUCUCGAACAUUGCACCUACAGCUCGCUUCGGUCACUCGGCAGUGGCCUAUGGCAGCAAAGUCCUCAUGACGCUAGGUUGGGCAGGUACAGCGCCUGCUGAUGUUGCAGUGUACGCCUUUGAUGCUAGCACUAUGGUAGCAGGCAGCGAUGGCACGUGGUCUGGAGGAUCCUGGAUCAGCUGGUACACCCCGGAUGCCACGGUAGUCGCAACGACUGACACAACUACGGGACAAACAGUCACAAGCGGUGACAGUACGACCAGCAGCGGCUCAACCGCAAAUAAUGUCGGAGGUAAUGGAUCUUCGACAUCUUCUGGUGGGACCCCAAAGAAAGGCAGUGACAGGAGCAGUGGUUCUGCGAGCACUACGUCCAGCAGCUCGUCUGCAAGCUCUUCAACCUCUUCGAGUCCAUCCUCCUCCUCGGCAAAGGCUGGGCACAAAACGUCCAGUUCUGCAAAAACUUCGACUGCAGGCGCCAUCAGCUCUACCAAGACACCGACACCUGCUGCUCCUGAUGACAACUCCAAGAGUCAAGAUUUAACUUCUGACGAUGGUAGCAAGGGAAGCAGUGCCGGAGCCAAGGCAGGAGCUGCUAUCGGAGUUCUCCUGGGUGUGGGGCUGGUGGUCGCAGCCGGCUAUGUUCUCUACAAUCGUCGGAAGCAGAAGAAGAGGCUUGCCAUGUGGCAAUACGGCAAGCCUGGUGGAGAAGAUGGCUACGGAGCGAGUGGUGCAGGUGGAGGAGCUGGAUUGCUCGGUGGUGCUGCUGCGAUGGGCUAUGAGGAGGGUGGCUACGCGGGUGAUGAGAAGGACCACUACCCCGCCCCUCCGUCCUCACAAGGCCACAAUGAUGGCAGCUGGUCACCACCUACAGCUCUCUUCCCCUCCGUCUUCGGCUCGGUCAGGUCCAAGAAGCCAGAAGGACUUGCACCUCUGCACGUGUACGGCAAUAUUGGCAGAGACGCCGCUCCAGUGAGCGUCAGCGGAGGUGUCUAUGCGUCGCACCAUUCGCACGCUACGGAAGGCUCAGGACCGGGUGUUCGUGAGAAGCUGGCCAUGCUGACAGGUCUCAAUGGCUGGUCACAGCAUGGACACCAACAGCGCUUCGACAUGCUGGCAGAUGAAGACGCAGAGGCAGCAUAUGGAGCACACGAUAACCGAUCCUCGAUGCACCACUAUGGAAACAGCGAAGACGUUGCAGGUGACGUCGGGGGCUACACUGGCGGUUACGACUAUCAGAAGGACGACGUGCAUGAUGGGUAUGAUGAUUACGACAAUGCCUACAGCCCGGAAGGUCUUCCAUACGAUUCUGAGCAAGGAGCCUACCACGGUCAAUCUACUGGUGUGCGCUCUGUCAGCGGUGCAGCUGCAGGAUUCAUGGCGGCAGUGAGGACUGUAAGCGGUUCCCACAGGCAACAUGCUCAUCAACGUCUACCGACUGAAGAAGAGGAUUACGUUGCGAAUGAGCCAUACGACGAGAAGUACGGCACCUACGCCCGCAACGAAGCUGUUGGCUCGGAGCUCUCUUACCAGUCUACAGUCAGAAAAUCAAACAGAGGUACUCGCCCUAGCUCUAUCCGAGACUCGAUCAUCGAUGGCUUUACGUCUCUCCCCGAGAAGAGCAGCAAUCGCCGUAAUUCCAUCGGUCAGCACUCGCAGCACACCCUCGAAGGGUCUUCAUCGAUGAAGCGCUCCAGCUCGUGGUGGGAUCGGGUCAUGAGCGGUAGUUCCAUCCUAGAUAGGACCUCAUCUGGACGUCUCGCUGUGCUUCCAAGCGCUAGAGACCCCAUCAGAGAUCCUGCUCUACCGCCUUCACUCAGUACGCUGACGGCCAUCAAGGAGUCGCCUCGCAGUGUGGAUCCUAGCGAAGAUCGCAGUACCUUUGAUGGCCCUCACACCGUGCAGCCCACCGUAAGAGCCAUCGACAACAACGGGCACAAGCGCAAGGCUGGCCGUGUGGGCGAGAUGAUGCUCGCAGAUGGGCACGGUCGUUCCCAGUCGAGUCUGCAGAGCGGAACAUCUUCCCAGCUCGAAGCGCAAUUGAGGGAUAUGGACGUUGCUCAACGAACACGCACGGGCAGCGGCUCGGACAUGACCGUCUCGACGAAGAAGACUCGACGCACGAACAACUCAUCGGCCACAUCGCGGGGUACGAGCAGUGUUGGCCUCCCGCAGCCUGUCGAUGUGAUGGGUGACGAUGCCAGGCGUAGGGAUUCUUCCUAUGCUAGUCAAGCUCACGCACCAAGGUACGAGAUCGGUGACGUCUCCCACGCCAGCGUCGGCGCAGACGCAGACGAUACAGCUGCGGGUGGCGAGGUACUCGCAGACCUCUCCCUCUCCGCGAUCAGCGAGAGCGACGGCCUCGGCGCAGACGAAUCACGGGAUCUCGCAGGAGACUUCUCUUCCCCCUCGCCCUUCGACGACCGGUACGCCUCGCGCAAAGAGCCCUCCCGUCGCUCCCUCCUGCCACGCUCAGCAUCCGAAGUGCCCUCGAUCACGCCACUGACGACGAAGCGGGCGCGUGCCAACCCCCGUCUGACCAAUCCUUCCAACCCUCUGCCGAAGAAUCCACAAGCACCGCCCUUGGUGGGCAGCGUCAAGGACCGUGUCGAGGCAAUUGAGCGGAGGAAAUCCGAGCUCCUAGCAGCCGCUACUGCCGGAUCUGGGUCCGGGUCCACUGGAGGUUCCCUCCCUGCCUCGCCCUCUCUCACAGAGAUGGGUUACGAGCAGCAAGAGGUCUACAGUGCUACACCCAAUCCUGGAGUGAGUGUUACGGGAACACCGCUGAUGGGAAAAGUGAGCCAUGGACUUGUACCCAAACCACAGCUGUUUGUCGCUAAUCCGGAUCAUGCCAGGAGGAAUCGAGCGGGGAGAUCCUAAGCGAGUGCCGGGGUGAGGGAGGCUUACUUGAUGAGCCAGAGGAGGGAGGGGGUGAGGGAGGGAUAGACAUGGACAUUUCUCUAGACUUGCUCGAUCCAUACUUUACUGCUGCUGCUGUUUCUUUCCCCAUCCCUUCGUCUUCGUCCUCACCUUCAUACUCGUCCUUUGUAUUUUCUUUUCCCCCUCAGGUUCCUAUUCCCAUGCCCAUUCCCAAUUCCCGUUCCCAUUCCCGUUCCCGUUUCCCACUGACUCGUCCACAUUCUUCUCCUCAGCCUUGUACAUUGUCCUCAUAUUUUCCCACCACGAAUUCACGGUAACCCAUGAC